CUCUUCUGCUCUGCCAAAGGAAUGCGCCGAGAGGUUCCUAUCGUAUUGAAGUAAAAGCUGUAAUACCACCAGACCCGGGAUCCCGACGCGCAGCCGACCGUUGGAGGUGUAAGUCACCUGUGACACCAACAGUUCAACAGCCCGCCCCAUCCGUGCUUUGACAACUUCCCAGAAAUGACUUUGAGUACCUUCGAUGACAGGACGCCCCUCGCAAACGUCUCGUUCAUCAAAUGCCCGAUUGCAAAGUCCGAACACCAACAGCCACAGACAGAGCUUCGCUUAGUAUGGCGGUUCUGUUGGCUGGAGGGCAAACAAGGCCUCGAUGUUACUCCGUAGAAUCCUCGGAUGUAUCAGAUCCGAGGUUUUUGGUGCCCAAAUCCGCAAAAUUCGGAUACGCGGAAACCCAGAACCCAGAUGAGGUGUGGAUAACAUGUCAAAAGAGGGGACCGUUGGUCGUAGGCGAGCGCCGCCAAACUCUUUUGAGACAUGGAACGGUUGAAACCGUUGCAACGGGUGUUAGUUGGUUAGUUGGGGGGCGGGGGGGUUGGCGAGGAAUCUUAUUAUUGGAACGGUUUUUUGAUGAUGAACUAAGAGGUGGUGUCCAACAUCAAUAUAUACGACGCGAUAGGUGCUGCUUCAUCCUUCUUACACCUCACGUGGGGGGACCUACGUUUUACGCGCAAACGCUCUAAACCACUCGAAACCUAUAUCAAUCGAUAGCUCUUUCAAGCUCUAUACGCCUAUCUAUAGC